CAGGCGCAAAAAGACAAGACAGCCGCCCACCGGCUGUCGCCGCUAUCCCAUCUCCCACCUCGGGGAUCCCGCCGAUCCAUCAAGCGACCGAGAUGGCGAAGAGCAGGCCGUCGUCAAAGCAGUCGCGCGCGCAGCAGCAGAACGACGGGCACGCGCUGCCCUCGAAGCUCGCGCGGUACCUCGACCCGGAGGCUUCCUGGGACAAGGACCAAUUGCUGGACGCGGUGCACUGGAUCCGGCAGGCGGUGGGUCUCCUCUGCGGCCUGCUCUGGGGAGCCGUCCCCCUCGUCGGCGCCGUCUGGAUCGCGCUAUUUGUGGCUAUUUCUACUGGUAUUAUUUAUUGGUACUAUGCAUACCUGUUGAAGAUUGACGAGGAAGAAUAUGGAGGCCAUGGGGCACUGCUUCAGGAGGGACUUUUUGCUUCUUUCACCCUUUUCCUGCUUUCAUGGAUUCUACUAUACAGUUUGGCUCACUUUUGAGAAGCUCUUUCGUUGAACAUACCAUGGAACAUUUGCUCACCAUGCCGGACGGAAGAGACUUACCAGAACAGUAUGGAUCAAGGAGCCCUUUAGAACGAGCAGUGUAUUAAAACGGUUCACCUUGUAAUGCUAUUUCUCAACUCCAGUGUAAUUUUGAUAGAAUUGGUUUAACUCAGCGCGAGUUAUUAGAACAUUGCUUGUGGAAUCUUGAAUCAAGGGGGGAAAUGGUGGUCAAUGAUCACCGAGUUAGCA